GAGACACAGCUGAGAUAAGGAACUGUGAUAAAAAAAAACAGUAAAAACUGUGUUAGUCAGCAAACUUCCUCUGAGGAAGAUCACAACAGGAUAAAGUAGAUGCGGUUUUCUUGCCUGGUUGCAGAAGGCAGUGGCCACCAUGAAGCAGCUCAUCUCCCACCUUCUGGGCUUUUGCUGGCUCGUCUGCUUCAAGGGGACUCAAUGUUUCACCAGCGAUGUCGACAGAUGUCAGGAUUCAUUUACUUGUCCUGCGUUUGCAAAAUGUGAAAACGUUCCUGGGGGCUACCACUGCACCUGCAAACGCGGGUUUGCAUCUACUUCUGGGGAGCAACACUUCACUGAUCCAACAGUGAAGUGCGUUGUUGACAGGUGUCGGAAUUUGUCUACUUGUCCUCCUUUUGCAACCUGUAAAAACGUCCCUGGAGGCUACCAAUGCACUUGCAAUCCCGGGUUGGCAUCCAGUUCUGGGGAGGAACACUUCACUGAUCCAACAGUGAAGUGCGUCGUCGACAGAUGUCAGGAUUUGUCUACUUGUCCUGCUUUUUCAUCCUGUGAAAACAUCCCCGGAGGCUACCACUGCACCUGCAAACGCGGGUUUGCAUCUACUUCUGGGGAACAACACUUCACUGAUCCAACAGUGAAGUGCGUUGUUGACAGGUGUCGGAAAUUGUCUACUUGUCCUCCUUUUGCAACCUGUGAAAACAUUUCCGGAGGCUACCAAUGCACCUGCAAUCGCGGGUUUGCAUCUAGUUCUGGGGAGGAACACUUCACUGAUCCAACAGUGAAAUGCAUCGUUGACAGGUGUCAGAAUUCAUCUACUUGUCCUGCCUUUGCAACCUGUGAAAAUGUUUCUGGGGCCUACCGCUGCACCUGCAAGCAUGGGUUUGCAUCUAGUUCUGGGGAGGAACAGUUCACUGAUCCAACAGUGAAAUGCAUCGUUGACAGGUGUCAGAAUUCGUCUACUUGUCCUGCUUUUGCAAUCUGUGAAAAUGUCCCUGGGGGCUACAACUGCACCUGCAACCACGGGUUUACAUCUAGUUCUGGGGAGGAACACUUCACUGAUCCAACAUUGAAGUGCGUUGUUGACAGAUGCCAGAAUUCGUCUACUUGUCCUAGUUUUGCAAAAUGUGAAAACGUUCCUGGGGGCUACCACUGCACCUGCAAUCACGGGUUUGCAUCUACUUCUGGGGAGCAACACUUCACUGAUCCAACAGUGAAGUGUAUUGUUGACAGGUGUCAGAAUUCGUCUACUUGUCCUGUUUUUGCAACCUGUGAAAACGUUCUUUGGGGCUACCACUGCACCUGCAAACAUGGGUUUGCAUCCAGUUCUGGGGAGCAAAACUUCACUGAUCCAAAAGUGAAAUGUGUCGAUGUUGAUGAAUGUUCUCAGGACCCACCAGUCUGUGGCCCUCACAACAAAUGCAACAACACCCGAGGGAGUUUCACCUGCCAAUGUUCUCCAGGUUAUUCUUCCGCCAGUGGGACCUCUUGGAAACCUGGUGACUCCCACACCUUGAACUGCACAGAAAAUCUUCUCAGCUGCCAGCCCAGGAUUAUGCACGGAGAUGAUUUCAAAAGCCUGUGUGGCAACAGCACCCAGCACGGAAACCAGCAAAGCAACACAUUGUGCACCUUCUUGAAUCAGACCUCAAAGAGCCUGGAAUCUGCAUGUGGUAAUGGAAACCAGUCAUUACCGCCGAAGGAAGUCUCUACCUCUAUCGAUUUGCUUUUCAAUGCCACUGCCCAGCAGAUUAAUGGGAGCAAGAAGGACGUUGCAUUGGUAGCCAAAAUGUUUCUGCAGAGCGUAGAAUCAGCCGCUUUGGUAGCUGCUCUGAAAAGCCCCGGGAACGAGACGCAGACUAUCACGGGAGACACGAUGACCAUCGCAGCCCUGCGGGUUACGGAUAACUGCAGUCGGGAAGGGAAGAUGAUCGAACUGAACGCUGAAAACGAGUUGAUGAGCAUUGACUGCACGACAGUGGUUGGCGCCAGCAAAGCAGGCUCCGGAGUCGUUGCCUUCAUCUCGUAUGCCACUCUCGAGUCCAUCCUGAACAAUAACUUUAUCGACCAGCAAAACCUGACAGGGGAUGACAACCUGGUUAGCAUUACGCUGAAUUCCAAGGUAGUGAGUGGGACCAUUGGGAAACCCGGACCCCUCCCCAAACCUUUCUACUUCACCCUGGAGCAUAAACAGAGAAUGGAAAUGGAAGACAAGAUUAUCUGUGUUUUCUGGAAGCUCACUGGCACCUGGUCUACUGAGGGCUGCAAACUUCUCUGUGCGAACAGCACUCACACCACCUGCACCUGUACUCACCUGUCCAGCUUUGCCAUCCUGAUGGCGUCACAUGCUAUCAAGGAGAGUUACCCACUGACCAUCAUCACCUUCGUGGGACUGACCCUCUCCCUGCUGUGCCUCUUCCUCGCCAUCCUCACCUUCCUCCUGUGCCGCUCCAUCCGCAACGUCAGCACCUCCCUCCACCUGCAGCUCUGCCUCUGCCUCUUCCUGGCCGACCUGCUCUUCCUCACCGCAGUGGACAGCGUCACCAAUAAGGUGGCGUGUGCUGUCAUUGCUGGCCUCCUACACUUCCUCUUCCUGGCCUGUUUCACCUGGAUGUUCCUGGAAGGGCUGCACCUCUUCCUCACUGUCAGGAACCUGAAGGUCGUGAAUUACACCAGCGCCGGCCAGUUCAAGAAGAGAUUCAUGUACCCGUUCGGCUACGGAGUCCCAGCCCUGGUGGUGGCUAUUUCUGCAGCGGUGAAUCACAAAGGCUACGGAACUGCCGAACACUGCUGGCUCACAAUAGAGGGAGGCUUUGUCUGGAGUUUCCUUGGACCGGUCUGCCUUAUUAUUGUGAUGAAUUUAGCAUUUUUUAUCACAACCCUCUGGCUCCUGAGAGACAAAAUCUCCUCCCUGAAUACAGAUGUCUCCACCCUCAAAAACACAAGAUUACUGACAUUUAAAGCCAUCGCCCAGCUCUUCAUUCUGGGCUGCACAUGGAGCCUUGGUCUGUUGCAAACAAAAUCGGCAGCCACGGUCAUGGCAUAUUUAUUCACCAUCAUCAACAGCCUGCAGGGAGCCUUCAUCUUCCUGGUGCACUGUCUCCUCAAUCAGCAGGUGAGACAGGAGUACAAGAGAUGGAUCAGAAGGAUUGAAAAAACCAGAACCAAGUCUCAGAUUUCCGGGCUAUCUAUGUCAGCUGUCCCCACGACCACUGGAACUGAAUGGGAAAAGUCCUCCUGAAAAAAUGGAGACUACUACUGCAUGUGGGGGAAAAUAAAGCCCAGCUCCAUUCCCAGCACCAGACGUCCCUUUUUUUACAAAGAAGAGGAAGCUGCUUAUCUCCAAUAUCCUUGCAUAGCUGCUACUCUGUGGCUUAUCCUUGUAUGGGGUAGGGGAAGGCUGUGUUUCACGUGUUUAAUUAUUUUAGCACUUUGACUUCACCCAAGUGGUUGCAGUCUCCACCCUAAAGUCUUGAAUGAGGGUCUGAUUCUGCUCCAGUUGAAGUCAACUGGAGUUUUCCCAUUGACUUCAGUGGGAGUGGGAUUGGGAGCAGUGCGCCAAAGAAUUGGCAAAUCUAUCCUGUUAAUAAAAGAUGGAAAAAUGAUUUCAUUUUGCUGUCCUUCCCCCAAACCCUAAGGCUUGGCAUUUCCCAGCCUGGGAGAACUUGGGCCAGCUUCUCAUCUCAGUUUCGACUGAUAGAAAUCCAGAAUUACUGAAGUCAAUGGAGUUACUCCGGAUUCACACCAGGAUAGCUACAAACAGAA